AUGCCACAGGACGCGGUGCGGUGCCGCACCGGAGGUCAUCUCGCCGGACUACCGGCCACACGGUAUACAUCCCAGGUACUCGCCGUGACCCUGCUCAUCGCGUCAUCAUCAGCAGCCCGCCUCGACCACCUGGUGUCGGGGUACGGCGGCAACGCUCAGCCCUUUCGCUUUGAGAACGUCAACAAUGGCGACGGGACCUACCGCUUCAGCUACGACACACCAACGGGCAUCUCCGCUCGGGAGAGCGGGGCCCCGCGCGCUCAGGGCCCCGAGGGUCCCGCCGUCACCGCCGAGGGGGCCUUCUCCUAUACGGCCCCCGACGGCCAGCAGAUCUCUCUCUCGUAUACCGCGGACGAGAAUGGUUUCCACCCAGUCGGCUCCCAUCUGCCCACGCCUCCCCCUAUCCCUGAAGCCAUCCUACGGUCCUUGGAGUACAACAGACAGCAUCCAUCAAACGAAGGCUCCUACAACGGCGGGCGAAGCGGCUACAACUACUAAGACAAUUUUUGGACUAUGAAGCAAGUACCUCAAGAUGGGUUCUUAUUCAUAACAUACAUACAGUUUUUCCUACUUUUUCCGGUGCAUAUAAAAUUUAUGAAUACCAAG